CGUUCACGGUUCAUCCCUCUGUCCAGAGCAUCAUUCCGAAUUCCCAACGAAUCCGGACACGCCGUGAAGUGAAGCCCCUCGUCGCUUCUCGUAGUCUCGCAUCCACCGCUCCACCGUCUCCAUCCACGCGCCCGCGCGCGGCCCGGCAACGGGAGCCAAGGAAACCGAAGCCCCGAUGGCGAGCUUCUUCCGGGACGCGCGCCUCCCGCAGCAGCGCGUCGUGGAGGGCGUCCCGUUCCCGGCGGUGCUGGUCCCGAGCGCCCCCGCGGGCGGCGGCCUCGACGAGUUCCUGGCGGCCGUGCGCUCCGAGAGGGCGUCCCGGCUGGAGCCGCUGGUGCGGCACGCGGGGGCCCUGCUGCUGCGCGGGUUCCCCGCGACGACGGCCGCGGACUUCGACCGCGCCGUCGACGCCUUCGGGUACGAGGAGCUGCCGUACGUCGGCGGCGCCGCGCCGCGGACCAACGUCGUGGGCCGGGUGUUCACCGCCAACGAGUCGCCGCCCGAUCAGAAGAUCCCCUUCCACCACGAGAUGGCCCAGGUUCCAACGUUUCCGUCCAAACUGUUCUUCUUCUGUGAAGUGGAGCCAAAGAGUGGCGGGGAGACACCGAUCGUACUGAGCCAUUACGUCUACAAGAGGAUGCAGGAAGAAUUCCCCGAAUUCGUGGAGAAACUGGAGAAGGAGGGGCUGGUAUAUACAAGGGUUCUGGGGGAGGGCGAUGACCCGUCUUCGCCAAUCGGCCGUGGAUGGCAGUCGACAUUUCUCACUAAAGAUAAAGCCGUUGCUGAGGAAAGGGCCGCCAAGCUCGGGAUGAAGCUGGAAUGGACCGGCGACGGCGUGAGGACGGUCAUGGGGCCCAUCCCGGCGGUGAAGUGGGACGAGAGCCGGGGGCGGAAGGUCUGGUUCAACAGCAUGGUGGCCGCCUACACGGGGUGGAAGGACGCCCGGAACGACCCGGUGAAGGCGGUGACCUUCGGCGACGGCUCGCCCCUGCCCGCCGACGUCGUCGCCGCGUGCGGCCGGGUCCUGGAGGAGGAGUGCGUGGCCGUGCCGUGGCGGCGCGGCGACAUCCUCCUCCUCGACAACUGGGCCGUCCUGCACUCCCGGCGCUCCUUCGAGCCACCGCGCCGCAUCCUUGCCUCGCUCUGUAAAUGAUGUAUGUAUGUAUGUAAGUGCCCCGCCAUGGUAUGGGUUUUUUACUUGGCAGUGGAACUAAUUCUGGAUGGGCGCGGAUUUGCUGCUCCGACGAGCGAUGAACGCCUGAAACUGAGAAUAAUUUCACACGCUGGAGAGAGCGGUGUUUAGAAAUUCCAUAGUGAAGAAAACCGUUCACCCGUUA